UGAGAGGGCAGCUGUGAGUGGUGGGGAGAAGGCACUUCCUGGCUGGUGGCGGCCUCAGAGCAGGUAUCAGGAUGUUGGGCUGGGUCCAGAGGGUGCUGCCUCAGCCCCCAGGGACCCCACAGAAGACCAGGAUGGAGGAGGAGGAGGGGAUGGAACCAGAGCUGGAGCCCGACCUGGAGGCGGAGCUGGAAUCAGCGCCAGAGCCUGACACAGCCCCCCAGGAGGCCAAGCUAGAAGGCGAGGUAAGAAGGGAAGGUGAGGGAGGACCUGCUCCACAGGGGAAGCCUCCCGAGGAGCCAUUGGAAGGGGAGGAAGGAGCUGUGGCUGCCCCCGGCCCUCAGGAGACCCAGAAAGCCGCCUCUACUUUGCCCUCAUCCCUCCAGGCCCAGCUUGCUGUGGACGCCGGAGUGAACAGUCCCAGCGCCUGGGUGCUGACCUGGCUGAGGAAGGGCGUGGUGAAGGUCAUCCCACAGCCCGUCCAUAGCACUGUGGCCGGCUUCGAGGGCCCCAGUCAGGCAGGAGCUCAGAUCCUUGGGCACUGCAGCACUGGGGCCUCAGAUGGGUCCAACGAGGCCUCCAGGGCAAAGGACACUGGGCCUGUGCCCUGGCUGCUCAGGUGGUUGGAGCAGAACCUGGAGAAAGUGCUGCCUCAGCCUCCAAAAAGCUCCGAGGGCUGCAGAGACGAACCUGCAGAUGCUGCCUUGGGCCCAGAGCCCCCAGGGUGCCCCUUGGAAAUGGAGCCUGUGCUGCAGGCCCUGGAGAGUCCUCCCCUGCCCACUCCUGGCUCCCUGGAGCCUGAGGAAGAGCCUGAGGAGGAGCCCCAGGAGGAGCCCCAGGAGGAGCCCCAGGAGGAGCCCACUCCAGAGCCCCAGCCCGGCUUUCAGGCUUCCUCCCUGCCACCCCCCGGGGACACUGCCAGGUUGGUGGCGUGGCUCCUGCAUAGACUGCAGACGGCUCUGCCGCAGCCCGUGCUCCGUGGGAAGGCUGGGGAGCAGGAGCCUGACGCCCCUGGGACGUGUGACGUGCAGACCAUCAGCAUCCUCCCUGGAGGCCAAGAGGAGCCCGGCGAGCUCAUCCUAGAAGAGGUCGACCCUCCCUGGGAGGAGGACCAGGCUCAGGAUGGCAGCGCCAGCCCGCAGGGAGCAGCAGCGGUGGCGUCAGCUUACGCGGAGGAGAAUGAGGCCGGGGAAGAAAUGUCCAGGGAGUUUUCCUGGAUUCAAGAGGACAAAGAAGAUGAGGAGGAUGGGGAGGAAGAGGAAGAUGAGGAGGAGGAGGAGGAGCCUGAUGUCCUGCUGGAUAGCUGUCUGGUGGCAGAGGCCGGCGCGGACCUGGGCGGAGUAGACAGGACGGUCACCCAGAGGGCCUCCUGCCAGGAAGAAGCCGCAGCCGCCAGCUCUGGAGUCUCCAGGGUCCCGCCUCUGCCUGAGCCCCCUGGCCCCAGCACCAUGGCUACCCCAGGCCGGGACAUGGAGCUGAAUGGCCGGGUCCGGGACCAGCCGCCUAGCCAGGUGGCCCCCAGGCUGGCUCCCCUAGACCCGGUGGAGCACCUCCCCAAUGUGCCCAGCUACUGCCCCCCACUCACCCGCAUCCCCGUCCUCGUCUCCCGGAGGACGACCUUGUCCAACUCCAGCUUCGCCAAGGAGACCAGGAGCUCUGUCCGUCGCCUAGUGCCUGCCACAGAAAAGCACCCGGAAGUGCAGGUGGAAGACACUGAUGCUGACAGCCACCCCCUCAUCGCGGAGGACAAGCCACCCUCACCCGAGCGGCUGCCAGCGUCUCCUGCCAAGUCCGACACCCUCACAGUCCCGGGAUCGGCCGCGGGGACCCGCAGGAAGAGGCUGCCCUCCCAGGAUGAGGAAGCGGAAGAGAUCAAGGAGCUGUCACCGGCUGAGACCCCUGUGGUCGCCUGGUCUGACUCCCCCACCCCGCAGGGCACAGACGACCAGGACCGGGCGUCCUCCUCCGCCAGCCAGAACAGCGCCGUCAUCAACGAGCGGCUGCAGGAGCUGGUGAGGCUCUUCAAGGAGCGGACGGAGAAGGUGAAGGAGAAGCUCAUUGACCCCGACGUCACCUCCGACGAGGAGAGCCCCACGCCCUGUGAGUCCAGACAAGCCCCGGAGCCGGCCGCGGGCCCCACGCCCGCCGGGGAGGCGCAGGCAGAGGAGGAGCACUACUGUGACAUGCUCUGCUGCAAGUUCAAGCGCCGGCCCUGGCGGAAGUACCAGUUCCCCCGGAGCAUCGACCCGCUGACCAACCUGAUGUACAUCCUGUGGCUGUUCUUCGUGGUGUUGGCCUGGAACUGGAACUGCUGGCUGAUCCCUGUGCGCUGGGCCUUCCCCUACCAGACGCCGGGCAGCCUCUACUUCUGGCUGCUGAUGGAUUACCUGUGCGACCUCAUCUACUUCCUGGACAUCACCGUGUUCCAGAUGCGCCUGCAGUUUGUCAGGGGCGGGGACAUCAUUACAGACAAAAAGGAGAUGCGCAACAACUACCUGAAGUCUCCCCGCUUUAAGAUGGACCUGCUGUGCCUGCUGCCCUUGGACUUGCUCUACCUGAAGUUCGGCGUGAACCCCCUCCUGCGGCUGCCCCGCUGUCUGAAGUACAUGGCCUUCUUCGAGUUCAACAACCGCCUGGAAUCCAUCCUCAGCAAAGCCUACGUUUACAGGGUUAUCAGGACCACCGCCUACCUUCUCUACAGCUUGCACUUGAACUCAUGCCUGUAUUACUGGGCAUCGGCUUAUCAGGGCAUUGGCUCCACCCACUGGGUGUACGAUGGCGUGGGGAACAGUUACAUCCGCUGUUACUACUGGGCUGUGAAGACCCUCAUCACCAUCGGGGGGCUGCCCGACCCCAAGACGCUGUUUGAAAUCGUCUUCCAGCUGCUGAACUAUUUCACGGGCGUCUUCGCUUUCUCCGUGAUGAUCGGACAGAUGAGAGAUGUGGUGGGAGCCGCCACGGCCGGGCAGACCUACUACCGCAGCUGCAUGGACAGCACCGUGAAGUACAUGAACUUCUACAAGAUCCCCAGGUCCGUGCAGAACCGAGUCAAGACCUGGUACGAGUACACCUGGCACUCCCAAGGCAUGCUGGGUAAGACUCCCCCUGCAGGCACCCCGCCCACCUGGGCCUGCCCUCGUCCUGUGACCCGGAGGCCAGGCUGUGACCGGCAGAUGAUCUUUGACAUGCUCAAGCGGCUGCGCUCUGUCGUCUACCUGCCCAAUGACUACGUGUGCAAGAAGGGGGAGAUAGGGCGCGAGAUGUACAUCAUCCAGGCGGGGCAGGUGCAGGUCUUGGGCGGCCCUGACGGGAAGUCCGUGCUGGUGACGCUGAUACAGAUGCAGGUGACACGCUCUCGCCUCCUGCUGGCGGUCGGAGGCGGGAAUCGGCGCACGGCCAACGUGGUGGCCCACGGCUUCACCAACCUCUUCAUUCUGGACAAGAAGGACCUGAAUGAAAUCCUGGUGCAUUAUCCCGAGUCUCAGAAGUUGCUCCGGAAAAAGGCCAGGCGCAUGCUGAAGAAUAACAGCAAGCCCAAGGAGAAGAGCGUGCUCAUCCUUCCUCCGCGGGCCGGCACCCCCAAGCUCUUCAAUGCCGCCCUGGCCGCAGCGGGAAAGAUGGGCGCCAGGGGGGCGAAAGGCGGCCAGCUGGCCCACCUCAGGGCUCGGCUCAAAGAGCUGGCUGCGCUGGAGGCGGCUGCCAAGCAGCAGCAGCUGCUGGAACAGGCCAAGAGUUCGGAAGACGCGGCGGGAGAGCUGGGCUCCGCCGCCCCCGACCAGCCUGCGCCCCAGGAACCCCCGGCCCCAGGCUCUCAGCCACCAGCCUCGCCAGGGGGUGCCGAGGAGGAGGAGGCAGCUGGUCCCCAGGAGGAGCACUCGGUGCGGAUCCGCGUGAGCCCCGGCCUGGACCCUGGCGAACAGAUCCUGUCGGUGGAGAUCCCGGAGGAGAAGAAAGAGGCGGAGUGAGGGGCCCACCCUGCCCAGCAGUCCAGCAGCCAAGGCGCUGGUCCACAGUGGUGGCCUGGGGGGCCCUCGGCUAACUGCUGGCCCUCAUUCCUGAUCCCACACCAGCUUCUCCCGGGCUGGUCUUGACAUCACCCACUUUCCUAGUGUCCCUAAGUCCCACCGUCACCUGAGAACCCUGCCUCCCUUGACUAAUAUUUUCAAGGACAAAUACAUUUUUUUUCUAGUUUGCAAGUUCAUAGGCAGAAGCUAGAAUGGGGCUUUAACACCAGGGGACGCUUUGCUGGAGGUCAAGGGUUUUGAAGGUUGGGGGUUUCCCUUCAGGAAUCUGUCUUCCAUGUUCCAAGGACAGGAAAUGUCCAGCAGAAAGGUGGGCAGUUGUACUGUCCUUUUUUUUAUUUUAUGAAUUUUUAAAAUAUGUUUUUUAUUGAUUUCAGAAAGGAAGAGAGA